GUAGUUCCAAUAUUUCAACGCCGCUAUAACAUAUUUACUAUCGUGAUAUUAUUGGUACCUAGUCGACACUACACUUUAGCUUCAUAUAAACUCGAAGGGUCUUUGCGUUAAAUUCCCUCUAUUCUUCGGAAUCCUGGAGCCGGAUGAAACCAUAUCCUUACGUCAUAUUCCAAAGUGACCGAAUAAUGUCUCGGUACUUUACCCAUUUCACAGUUGGCUCUCCCGCAAUGCUUAUCUCUAUCACGAGCAGAAACUGCACGGACAUCGACUUGGUGCUUCCACGAACUCAUAGAUCGGGCCAGCAACUUGGACAGAAACUUGACUCCAAAAUUGAGGAGAACCACGCAAUGUUCUGCUCUCGGCGCAACCGCUCGGCAUGACAGGCUCGGAAUGCCGCCCGCCGAGAGAGAAUUCAAUGGCAUAAUCAUCCGGAAGCACAAGUGGAAAAUCCGGUCACGGAAGAAGAAUCGGAGCUGGAACGGGAGGGGAGGUCGGGGGAGCUGAGGGGGGAGACUACUGGCAGAACGGAACGCGGUUGUCUUUGGUCGGACAUCCGACCACCAUGUCCGCGUGGUACGUGAUGAAACGGAGGUGGGGAGUGUCUUCCGAGACGGCUUUCCACCAUGCAUCCGAUUCUCCAGCUAGAAAUCCCCGCCAGUGAGGGGUCCAGUUGGCGGGGUCCACUUCCUCCCCGAGCCUGCGCUUCAGAUAGCCCAGAAAUUGGGGCUUCGGCCGCCGGGCACUGAUCUCCUUCCUCUUCUGCGCCCUGAGCGCGGACGCUCGCCUGCGCUCCUCUUGCCUCCUCUCGAUCUCCUUGUCCUGGUCAGCAGCCACCGCGCUGCCCGUCGAACUCCCCGUCAGCAAUUCCAACUCCGUGAACAGAGGGUCCCGGCCAGCGCUGCCCUUCGGGAACACCAUGAUGUCAAUUCGCUACUCCAGGCGUUCGCUAUUCGCGUCGAUACUCCAUUCUCGCGUCGUCCCUCGUCCCGCCUCCGGACCUAGCUCAGCUGACCAGGGCCGAAUCACGAACCGACAAUACUCCCACGGCCACGCAAUCGCGACGACCACGAUGGAAUUGGCCUUGUGGUUGUGGUUUCCACGUGGAUCGAGCCGAGCCCAGCAGCGCAGCCCGUGUCGGAUGUCGCAGACACGUUUGCAGGCUUCUGUCAGUGCUUCGCCGUCGGACUGCAUGAAAUAAGCAGCGCUCUGUUGCGCCCGGCGUUUUGGUGCCGUUGCGUUGUUCAGCUGAAGAGCGCAGCCAGCGAGACCAAGAAGGGAAGAUGUGACGAGCAGUUACAACAGCUUCACACUACCGCUACUACAGUUCUGGGUUGGACGUUUGCAGACCCAAUUUCCACGACGUAGGGCAUUCAUGAUGGCAACAUGCUCGACACAAAUAUUGUAGAGUAUUGGUUGCUACAAGUUUUUUCGAAACAAUAGUCGGGUACAUCUUACAAGUCCGAGAAGUUAUUUAUACUGAGUCACUGAACGUAAAUUGGCUUUCGACCC